AAUUCCACUGAAAUCCCAGCUGUUUCGUUGCAUUAGCUGCACUGCGCCUGCCUGAACUGAAUGCACCCCUGAUUCCCGGGCCGACCUAAUAGUUUAUCGCUUCAGUCAAUAUGUCGUCCAUCAUGGAUGAAAGAGUGACUGACGAGAUUGAAGCUCUGGAAGCUAUUUUGAUGGAUGAUGUGGUGAUAAAGCGAGUUGGAGAUGUGCCGCAUACUAUCGAAACUGUCCUUCACCCAUCGACGGGCGAUGAUAUCGACCAGCAGUACGUAUGUGCGACCCUGAUUGUGAAGCUAACGCCGGGCUACCCUGACACCAGCCCGGAGGUGACUCUCAGGAACCCGAGAGGCCUGGACGAUGAAAUUUUGGCCAACAUUUAUUUACAAAUCCGCGAAAAACUGGCGGAUUGUAUUGGUCAACCUGUUGUUUUUGAACUCAUUGAGCUUAUUCGUGAAUGUCUUACGGAGAGCAACUUGCCAAGCGGUCAAUGCAUGAUCUGUCUCUUUGGGUUCACGAAGGGGGACAUUUUCAUCAGGACGGAGUGCUACCACUAUUUCCAUAGCCACUGCUUGGCUCUCCAUCUUCUUAGCAGCCGGCAAUACUAUUUUGAGGAAAUGGAAAAGUUACCUCUUUGGCAGCAAAUGAACAGGGCACCAUUCAAGGAAAUCUGCCCGGUUUGCCGCGUACAGUUGACCAUCGAGCCGUCGAGCUUGGCUGGUGCCCCACCGCCAAUUUCUUCUGCCAACGCUCCACCGUUCAUGUUGACCGAUGAAAUUAAAGAGCUGCAAGCUAAAAUGGCCGCUCUAAUGGCGUACCAGCUAUCCAAAGGAGGCAUCAUUGGCUACGGCGACUCCGGACCACCGCCGCUGACCAUCACAACACCUGAGGAUAAUGAGAAUAAUGAUAACACCGGAUCUCAUGGCGGAUCGCAAGAUGCCGACAAGGGCAACAACGCGAUUAUUAACAACAACCGUCAGAACGGCGAUGGCAACUCUUCGAAUGACAACUCUGCUCCCGGAUCCCCUGCUGGUCGCCAGGCUUACCGCGGACCCUACAGGGGCUUCAACCGCCGCGGCAAGCCCGGCCGGCGAGGCCGCGGCGCUGCGCGGUGACCCGUCCCGGGCAUCGACACGCCUCGCGCCGCAUAGCUGCGUCCCUCACCCACCGACACACACAACGCAUUGAAUCUUGGACCACCGGUACACUCUCAACAUUCCUUGCUACAGUUGACAGCUGCUGUCACUCAGUAUUUUCCCCUGAAAACUGACAGCUGUCAACUGUCAACUAUACAUCGCAUCACACGUCCUCUAACGUCAAAUAAUUACGCGUUUUAUCCGACUGCGUUCGAAAUUAACGUCUUUUGUAUUCUGUCAGUAAUAAUCUUUUUAAAAGGUUUUAUUGACAUGGUAGAAAAAAAUACAUUUUAUUGUCAUAUUACAGGGUCUAAUUUGCUAAAACGGACUGAACAGCACCUUUCGAGACUGACGAUUUACCCUAGUUGCCCCAUCUUUGUUAUAUUUUUAAACGCGCUGGAAGCGCUUUCUCCUGUGAUUCUAUACCAUAUCGAUUGGACCACUGACCUCUAUGUAUCCCUACUGAAAUUACGCCCAUUUUGUUGCAAGGUUCAUUUGAAAUGUUAUCCGUGAUUGUGGCCCCCUUUCAGGCCAACUAUUUCCGUUAAAGUAAAAAAAAUUACUGAUAUAAAUUCAUCACAAAGAUUCUGGUUACAGAUUAGUGCCAACUAAGCGACUAUAGCGCUAACGUGGCCUGUUUAGGUUUUUCCAAUUUGGCCUUCUAGAAAUUUUGUAAGGCACAUUUUAACUUAUCCAUCCAAUCAAAAACGAAUAAUAAAUUACCAAAAAACCACUGCCAUUGUGAGUAUUCAAAAAUUAUAAUACUUUACAAAUUAAUAGUUUUACACAAUAUUUAUGAAACAAAACUAACGAAAUAGUAGAUCUGAAAGGAAUCUUAUACCUCUCAAUUUAUUCUCUAAGUACCUUCCAACCUCUCCCAAAUACUUUAAAUCGGUUCUUGUUAUUAAUUUAUCCAUUUAUGUAUGGAAAAUCGUCAGUAGAUGCUAAUUUUUGAUCGCCAAAAUUAUUAAAUAGAACUCCAUCAUCAAAUUGGUAAAUCAUCAAAAUAGUUCGACAUUCAAAAUUCGGAAUAAAACGCACAACGUGCUUGACGAAAGUUGAUUUAUACUUUGAUAGGUGAGUAAAUUUUAUAGCCAGCAUCGCAGCCCAAUAUAAAAACUUGGGUCUGUAUUUUAAUAAGAAAAGGAAAAGGGGUAAUAAACACCAUGUCUCACCAACCAAAGACUUACCCUUUUAACACAUUUACUCGCUCGAAUUAAAGUGUAGAUAAACAGGGCGUACCAACCAAGAUUCAAUGUAAGGCAUACUCUACACGACAACAGAUUUCAAAACAAUUUGCAGAUGAUGUCGACUCGGACGUCAAUCCCAUAAUAUCAGACGAGCUUUUGGUACACGAGAUUAUUAAAAAAGGAAAAAUUCAAAAACUGAAAUAUCCAAUUUUUUUUUCAUAGAACAUCUGAAAUUUUCACGAUCCAUCGAUGAAUAUAACGGCCGUAUAUCAUCAGGUUUACUGGAUAAAGCGAAACAAGAAAUAACCAUGGUUAUUAGAGUAUCAAACUAACAUCUUUUUAUGUGGAACAUUGGAACCAUAUCUGAUAAAAAUAAAGUUUGGGAUACCGUGUACCAAACGCUCGUCUGAUACGCAACUACCAACAUCUAGUUGCCAAAAAUGGGAUGGCACAAAAUAAUAAUAAUACAUGUAAUAGUCGUUGAAUGUACUCUUAGCUUAAGGCACGUUUCUGUGACGAGUCUAGUCAACAUAAACUAGUAUUCCACAUAAAUAAAUUAAAUUCAUAAAUGUAACUACGUGUCAAAUGUUUACAUUGUUCGGUUAAUUUAUUGCAUGAAGAAUAAGAUAUAUGCUAUUUGUAAUUUAACAGUGUUUGAGAAAACAAUAUGGUAGCACAGCGCAGGCGUGAAUUGCUGACAUAUUAAUCUACUGUCAUAACUUGUAUACAGCUUUUUUGACAACAAAAAUUGGGCAUCUGUGAGACUCAAACAUCACUCACUUAGGCAAUAGAAACUUUAACAUCUGCAGAUAUAAACCCGUGUCUUGUUUUACCUACUAAACAUCAUAAAACCACAUAGAGUAUAGUAAAAACUCUAUUUGUGCCCCCCUAGACUCAAACUUCGCUAAAGCUGACAGGAGAACUUAAACAACCAAUAGAACGUCGUUAUUGAAACUUCUCGUCUCCGCCCACUCAGUGGUACACCUUAGCGGAGCAAUUCUAUUGGUUGUUUAAAAACUUCUCCGCUUUGGUGGAGUCUGGGCUUCAGGGAUUUAUAAGAACAACAAUCAAUUGAAACAUAACUGAUAUCUCGUGAACCAGUUCUGUAUACAAGUUAGAUACACAUUGUAAGUUCUAGAAAAUUCUAGAUCCAUCACAGAGAUGUUACAACUACAUUUAGUAGAACACUGUUCUAUACGUACAAGCCAUGGAGUUUCUUGCCGGUUCUUCUCCAUAGGACACACUUCGAACCGUGCGAUUAGUUAGAUCUUAACACCUUUUCAAAUUAUAAAUGAUCAAACGAGAGACAUUGUAAACGUGAGUACUAAGAAUAGUCGUCAAAACAUCUCGACGAAAAAAACAGCACUUAAAAUAUCCAAAGUUAUUCAUCAAAUAAUAAGCUACAAGAUACCAAAGAUAGUCCAAACAGAAAACUUGUACCACCUUCCAACCAAGUUAGCAGCAAGAAUAACAUGUUGGGGCGCCAUUUUCGAUCACUUCGGCAAAGAUCCAUCCAUACUAAACCAUAGACAUUCCACCUCGAAGUUCGGAGCUCAAAAGAGGUAAUAAAGGUCCCAUCAGCUUGAUAUUCUCACCAUACCGUGUCUCUGGUAACUGCAAUAAAUUGACCGAAUAAUAUGUCGUUAAAAUAAGAAAUAACAUUAAGCUUACCUGUCUUAGAAUGAAUAAGAUUUUCAUGUCAUGACAAAAACGUGUUCUUUUUAUUUUCGUAUCACGGGAGCAUUCCCUAUUGUUUAGAUAUAUAAUUUUAUCGUUAAAAUUAUUUUAUGUACAAAUAAGUUUUUAUAUUUAUGAUUACAAAUAUUUUGUAUGAGAUAAAUUAAUUGUUAUUUUAAUUUUAUUUAUUUGGACAUGAUAUUGUACUGAGCGGAUGAAAGGGCAGCGAAAGAAGUGGCGUAUGAUUUUAGAUUUAGGUUAGACCUACUGAUAAUUUAUGAAUUACAUUUCCUUAUGAAGGUUGUGUUGUAAUCUCUUAAGAUUUUUUCUUAAAUACAUAGAUCUGUAUUAUACAUAUAUAUUGCAAUACAUGCCAUAACCAGAUUCUAAUAAACAUUGAUAUUCCGGACAGUCAACAUAAAUAUGUAAAGAACAAAAACUUUAGUAAUAUUGUAACAGAAACAGAUAAAUUAAACAUAUUUUCGGCAGCUACUUAAAUUUUAUGUACUGGCUUAUUGUCGUAAUGGAUAACGUAUGUGGAGUAUCAAAUUAACGUAACGGUUAAAUAUCAUCGAGACAUCAUCGGUAGGCCAGUAUCAAACGAAAGAGUCAAGUUUUAGUGUUAGGUAAAAAAUUAAUAACUAAAUAUUAGACAGUUUCAGUCCACAUACAAUUUCUGUUAUGAACAUGCCGUUACAGAGGCAGUACUCUAUAGUACCUAAUUACUAUAUAGUUUCUACUUUAAUUUUACUUUAAUUAAAACUUGCCAUUCACUUAGAUUAAUUUUAAAUAUUCAAUUUAUUUUAUAUAAUUUGUUACUUUUUACAUAUUUUACAUUCCAAAAAUGUUUCUGUAUAUAACAUGAGAUUAUUUAGAAAUAACUCUUUUAGCUAUUUUUGGAGCGGAGUAGAUUUGGGAAGAGGGAACGUACUUAUUCUGCCUAACUUUAUGUUUCGUUGUGAAUAUUUCGAAAAAAAAAACGUUACAAUAUUGGUUAUUUAUUCUAUUCGCUUAUAUUGGAAUAGUGUUAGUGCAUGCAUAGCAUAAUUCUGGCUUUUUAUGGCGCUUAUUAGCCAAAUAGAUUUAAGGAUUUGGGAUUAUCAGGGUUGUCAGGUACAUUAGAUUUGCAAAAACAAUAAAAUUGACUCGUAAAUUAAUCUAAUCUUGGUAAAAAUUUACCGGGAUUAGCCCUAAAAGUUAAACAGGUAACAUAGUUGGGACUUAAAAUUGUUGGCGCUUUUUCAGGCUUUUUAUAAAUAAUAUAUCUGGCUUUUUGGAGACUGGCAACCCUGAGUGAGAAGCAGUUGGUAUCGGUCGAUGAAUUUACAUCUUUGACGAUCGACAUGAUUCGGUACUUGUCAGUUUUGUAAUCGUAAUUUUUAUCUAUAUGUAAUUUAUGUGUAGUAAUUACCUAAUAAAAACUUACCAAAGA